AAAAGAAAGUAGAGAGCUUUGAGAGGCCCCCUUCCCUUUGGAUAGCGAGGUGAGAUUCCAAAGUCUUCUCCUUUUGUCGAGCCUCUUUUCAACACUGUGUGUGCUUCUUUUUGUUUGAUCUUUCUGAAUCCGCUUGUGGGUUUUCUUGAAGUCGCGUUUAGGGUUUGUGUCCUUUUCGUGAAGUUUUGUAUUGGAGAUCUGCUGAACACUGUGUUUACGAUGGGGGAAGAAGAUACGAAAGUCACUGCGGAGCCAACAGCAAAUGGGACCACCAGUUCUCUUCCAAAGCCAUCAGGUGAAAUCAGUGGGAAACAGGCGGAGGAGAAUGCUAGUGGCGAGGGAACACAGGAAAAUAAGAAAGGUGAGGAUACUGGAUCUGAGAAAAUGGAGAUAGAUGAUGACAUCAAGCAAGAUGAAGAGGCAGAGGUUUCAGAAAAAGAAACGAAAGCUGAGACUAAGAAAACAGAAGAGAAAGAUGUCAAGGAGCCAGCAGAGAUUGCUGAAGCAAACGAAGUAAAGGGACAACCAGAAGCUGACCAAAUGGAUGAAGACACAGAUGGGAAGAAGUUGGAAGCUGGUGAUGGUGUGUCUGGAGGUGCUACAGCGGAAGAUACUGUGAUGAAGGAAACCGUGGAGUCUGAUGACAAGAGUGAGACAGACACAAAAGGUUCCGAAGUGGUGAACAAGAUAGAUACAACUGAAGGAAGCCAAGAUAAAACUGAGAAAGAAUCAGAGGAGGAGAAAGUAAAUGGAAACGAAGAAGAGAGUAAGGAAGAUAAGUUAGUGGGUGGAGACGAGGGGGACAGUGUCGAUGAGGUUGAAAAGAGGGAUACAGGUAACAAAGAAGAGGCACCAAAGGAAAAGAAUGAGGGCGAAAUGGCUGAAGAUGGGAAAGAGAAAAAAACAAACAAAGAAGAGGAAGUGAAGGAAGCGAACAAGGAAGAGGAAGACACUGAUGUCAAUGAGCCAAAAGAGGAAGACGAAAAAGCAGAGGCUAACGGUGAGGAUGAAAAUGAUGUAGAUGAUAGCAAGGAUGAGAAUGAAGAUAAAGAGGAGGAGACAAAAGACGAGAAGGAAGAUGAAAAAGAAGAGAGCAUGGAUGAUAAAGAAAAGAGCAAUGAUGAAAAGGAAGAUGAAAAUGAAGAUAGCAAGAAGUCCAGCAAGAGAGAGAAAGGGAAGAAUGAGAAGACUCGCGGGAAGACAAAGAGCGAGGAAGAAAAGAAGGAUGCUGAGCUUAAGACUCCAUACUCUGAUCGCCCUGUCCGCGAGCGAAAAUCUGUGGAAAGGCUUGUUGCGGUGAUUGAUAAAGACUCCUCAAAGGAAUUCCAAGUUGAAAAGGGAAAAGGAACACCUCUUAAAGAUAUCCCCAAUGUUGCUUACAAGAUAGCAAGGAAGAAGUCUGAGGACGUUUUCAAGCUUCUGCACACAAUUCUAUUUGGCGGGAGAAGAGGGAGAGCUGCACAGGUUAAGGCAAACAUAUUGCGCUUUUCUGGUUACAAAUGGCAAGGAGAUGAGGAAAAGGCAAAAGAUAAAAUAAAAGAAAAGCUUGACAAAUGCAACAAGGAGAAGCUGCUGGAGUUUUGCGAUCUCUUUGACUUAUCGGUUGCCAAGGCUACAACGAAAAAGGAAGACAUUGUUGCAAAGCUAUUUAAGUUCUUGGAAAAGCCUCAUGCGACUACUGAUGUUCCUGUUUACGAGAAAGAGAAGGGCGCAAAACGCAAAAGAACUCCUACGAAAAGUUCACAUGCAGCUGGAAGUUCAUCUUCUAAACGAUCAGCAAAGAGCCAAAAAAAGACUGACAAAAAGAGCUUACCUCAUUCUGAUGAUGAGUCUGAAGAAGAGAAAGAGGAGGAAGAAGAAGAGGAGAGAGAGCAUGAGACAGAGGAGGAAGAUGAAGAGAUUGAUGAGGAGAAGGAGGAGAAUGAAAAUGGGAUUCCUGAUCAAUCGGAUGAUGAGGCCCCUCAACCUUCUGAAAGUGAGGAGAAAGUUGAAUCUGAGGACUCAGACUCAGAGUCAGAGGAAGAAACUAAAAAGAAGAAACGUGGUUCUAGGACAGUAUCUGGAAAGAAAGAAUCGACAGCAGGGAAAUCAAGAAGCAAGAAAGCUGCAGUCUCGACGAAAUCCAGUCCAUCCCCAAAGAAAGUUGCUCAAAAGCGUUCAGCAGGAAAAAGAAAGAAGAGUGAUGACGACGACAGUGAUACUAGUCCAAAGGCAUCGUCCUCUAAGAGGAAGAAGACUGAAAAACCGGCCAAGGAACAGUCCUCGGUUCCUUCAAAAUCUGCAUCAAAAGAGAAACCAGGAAAAAGAGGCGGAAAAGGAAAAGACAAAACCAAGGAGCCUAGUGAUGAAGAGUUGAAAAAUGCAAUUGUCGAUAUCUUGAAGGAAGUGGACUUUAACACGGCCACGUUCACUGACAUCCUCAAUCGACUAGCUGGGAUGUUCAAACUGGAUCUCACCUCAAGAAAAUCAUCGAUAAAGCUGAUGAUUCAAGAUGAGCUGACUAAGCUAGCAGAUGAAGCCGAGAAUGAAGUUGGAGAAGAAGAAGAUGCUGAGAAAGAGAAAGCUGGUGGAGAGGAGGUCAAGGCUUGAUCACAAAGCAUUUAAAUCUAGUCUUAGCUACUAUUUAAUCUUCAAGAGGUCUCUAUCCCCAUUUGCCUCACUAGGCAAAUAUACCAGAGAAUGUAAUUUGUUGGUUGUUUUUGGUCGGGACUUGUGCUAUAAACAGGAGUUCUUUUCUUAUUUACUUUUGGUAGAGUCAGAGAGGAAGAAGCUGAUGAGUAGUAUAAGGCAGUUUCGUGUGUGUGUACGAUUUAAACAUAAGCUCCUUCAGGGGUUUUAUGCUGUUUCACAUAAAAAAA